AUGUUUCACUCAUCAGUGAGGCGAAACAUAAGUAGCAGACUCCUGGCAUAUGAGACAAGAAGUGUAUCUCAAAUAUCUACAUAUUUACAUCCAGCGUUAAGAACUGGUUUUCGUCAACCGGAAAACAUGCUGUCGGCGAAAGAGUUAGUCAGAAGAGAAUUGUCUCAAAACAUAAAAGAUUCCGACAGCUGUGUGCCAUCAACUUUGGAGCAAGCAAGUACAACUUCGAGUGAAGAUGUAACACCACAGAAAAAACCUGGACUGCUGGACUUUAUAAAACAAAGAAGACCCUUUAUAAAUUCAACUGCUUCUGCUGUUAAUAUAUUACGUAUGUAUAUGGAGACAGAUCCUCAAAGCGAAGAAGCCGAGAUCACAAAAGCAGCUAAAAGUGCGGGAGCUUUUUGGUCCAGCAACAAACACUUAGCGCCGUUAAAUACAAUAGCGCUAAAGUAUUUGGCCAUACCAGCGACAUCGGUACCUUCGGAGAGGAUGUUCUCCAAAUCAGGAUAUGUAUUGUCUUCUCGAAGGAGCAGGCUACAAGCAGAUGCUGUGGACCAAAUUUGUUUUUUAAAUCAGAACCACGAUUUGUGUGACACUUUGUGAUUUGCACUUUGUAAAACUAAAAGGUGAAAAUUAAAAUAUGUUUAAAAAACUAACACGCUUUUUCAUUUAUGCUCGAAAAAUUGAAAAUCAACUUGCCACUUCCAAAGCGAGGGUACUUCAGCAGUCAGCACUUCUUGGUUAUUUUUCAGUUUCUUUAAAGCUCUCCAUGGCUUUUGGCAUUUUUUAAAUGAAAAUCUGAAAAAACCUUAAAAAAACCGGUUUUUUUAAAUAAUUAAUCGGUAUAUACCGGUGUUGAAAUUUGUAAUCGGUUCACAUCACUAAGCAGAAUCUUUGGUUGAAACGAUGAUGACAACUCUAAUUUUUUAUUUGAACUUAAUGCAAUUUUCUAGAAUCAGUAUGUCGUCAAACACGGCAUUAAUUCAGAAAUUAACAGGCCGUUAUAAUUACGUCACAUAGCGUUUUGCGGUCCAAACAUAUCUUCGACACGAAGAACUGGGACUGCAUUGAGGAUGAUCAGACAUUGGACAAAAGAAAAGACAAUAUUUUGCAAAUUCAACUUUUUGGUCCUAAAGGCGAUAUUUUACAUUAUAUACGCUACUGAAAACGAAAAGAUAUGGUAGGCUGUUUAUAAUGAAGUGCACCUUGAAGAUUAUAUUAAUGUAUUUGUUUUCAGAACAAGGAUUGUUGCCUGAAGAUUACAAAGACACAGCAGACCUUCUCCUGUUCUUUGAUAAUCUUUUUGACUUCCUAAAUGGAAAUUUCAAAAAUUCAGCAAAGAAAAGUGGAAAGGUUCUUCUACAAGCAGUGACCCCGACAUCCAAGCACCAAGAUACUUGGAAUAAGUCAAAAUGUGUUUUAAAAUCGAUGAAAUUUGGCACUAAAGACGGAAACGUCAGUAUAGUGCCAUUAAUUACUAAUUGAGAAGUAACU